GUAAGAUUUUAUCAGUGAAAUCUGUAGAGACAGACUGGAAUUUCCUCAUGUUUGCAAGGGUGAACCCGCACAGCGCAAGCCUUCGGUGACCUUGAGCUGAGAAGAAGCAAGGAAAAGCGAAACAGAAAAAAAGGAAAAUGGCCCCACCAACAUACGCAGAUCUUGGCAAAGCAGCAAGGGACUUGUUCAGCAAAGGAUAUAACUAUGGCACAAACAAGUUGGAGGUUAAGACAAAGACAGAUGCCGGAGUUAAAUUCACAACCAAGGGAAGUCACAACAGUGAGACUGGUAAAAUGACUGGUGAACUCCAGACAGAAUACAAAUGCAGUGACUAUGGUCUGACAUUCAAGGAAACCUGGAACACAGAUAACACCCUGUCCACAGAAAUUACAAUUGAAGAUCAACUUGCAAAAGGCUUGAAACUUGCUUUUGAUACAUCCUUUGCCCCACAGACUGGUAAGAAGAAUGGAAAGGUAAAGACUGGCUACAAGCAAGACUAUAUUAACGUGAACUGUGAUGUAGAUUUUGAUUUCUCCGGACCAACUAUAAAUGGAGCUGCUGUAUUAGGUUAUAAUGGAUUCCUUGGUGGUUACCAGAUGGCGUUUGAUACGUCCAAGUCAAAACUAAUCAAGAGCAACUUUGCCAUGGGUUACGAGGCAGGAGACUUUACCUUGCAUACAAAUGUAAAUGAUGCUACAGAAUUUGGUGGGUCUGUGCAUCAGAAAGUAAACAAAGACAUGGAUGUGGGUGUGAGUCUUUCAUGGACUUCAGGAAGCAACGUGACCAGAUUUGGACUUGCUAGCAAAUAUACCAUAGACAAAGACGCUUCAAUUAAUGCUAAAGUUAACAACAGUGGCCAGGUUGGUCUAGGAUAUUCACAAAACCUUAGAGAUGGUGUGAAACUUACACUGUCUUCCCUGAUUGAAGCCAAGAACAUCAACGCUGGUGGCCACAAGAUCGGAAUGGGUCUUGAAUUUGACCUGUAGAGACAAUAUUUCAAAUAUGAACUAUGAAAAACUAAUGUGAACUUCUCACAAUUCAGUCCGUGUGAUGCAUUAAGAUCUGUGAAAAAAGAGAUGGGGAAAGGAUUGUUUUGUCGUAAAAAAUGUUGCUGAAUAUUUUGUUUUGUUCAGGCCUACUUUUAAAUAAUGUAACCGCAUACAAUUUAUGUAAAAUAUAUAUGUGGUAGACUUUAUACAUUAAGUUAACCAUAUCUGCCAUAGUGUUAAAUUAAUUGAGUAACAUAUGUUAAACAGUCCUAGUAUUUAAAACGAAAUAUAAAUCAAAUAAAUACUCUGGCUCGGAAGAAUGCGUGAAUGUAUGUCUGUGUGUUUACAAUUAAAGAUGUUGUGUAUUGUGCAAUGUUAUAGAAGUGUAUUCUGGGAAUCAACUUACAGCAAAAUUACAUGUACCAAAAGGAUAAGUGCUACUUAUUGUGAAGGAUGGAAAUGUAUUAGAAAGUCCGAGGGCUUGUACUUCAUGAGAGCAUCCAAGCUUUGAAUGUUGUGUUAAGUUAAAUGUUAGGACCACAAGGCUUUGUAUUUUGUAUUUACGUUCUACAAUAAAUGUCUUUAAACAAGAGUAUUUAAAUGUGUAUUGAGUACUGCAUGCAUAAUGAAUACAUUUUUUUUCUAGAAUUUCUACAGAUAUAUUGACACUAUCACGGAUGUAAACUAAUACUUUUAGAAUAAGUAAACUUUAAUUUUUACUACAACUACCAUUACUACUAUGCAUUGUAUCGAGUGAAACUAAAACAAAUCGUCACUGUCUGCUGCAAUUAAGGUUUCUGUUUGUUUUUGUGAUAAGGAUCAUUUGUAUCAUACGGAGGAUAUUAAUUGUGAGAAAACUGUUUUUUUUUAUUGAUCAUUAGUAAUUGUUGUGAUAUAUAGUAGAUUAUGGUUAAUCAGCAAGAGUUUUCUUUAUACAUCACUGUUCACAUUUUAUUGUAGAAUGACAUUUUUGGUUUGGUUUUUGGCAUUUUCUUGGUUUCAAAUAUUUGAAUGUCCAGGACUGCUGUUUUCUGCAAACAAUUUCUAUCUACAUACCUGGUGAAUUUUUGUGUUGAGUUUCCUAGCUUCUUAUCAGUUUAUCCCUUUAUUAUCAAACUAAAGUAAAAUAAAAUCUGCAGGUCUUA